AUGAAACCCUUCGACUGUCACACCCUAGGUUCAUCUAUUGACCAUUCCCAUUACUACUAUCUCUUUCAGAAGCUCUGCCCAUCCCAGUCAGGUCUCUGUUUGGAGUUCUACGAGAGUGGACGUGAGCUUAUCCUUGCCCAAUUGAAAAAGACUACCAUCGAAGAUGAUGUAGAAAUCUAUGAGUAUUUGCAAGUUGGAAGUGACGAAUAUGCAUAUCGUACCCUUGGUAAUUGGUCGAUGAACGGUGGUCUGCGCCUGCACUCGCUCUAUCGCAGUUUCUUCGACGGACCAGUGGAGUCGAAAUGUCAACCGCCUAUGUGCAAGUGCUUCCUUGACGGUGAUUUCCUUCAGCGACCACUGGAUUCAUUCGUCUAUGCGUCCGAACAGGUCGACACCGAUAGAAGCACUGGAUCGUACGUUAGACGACAGCCCGCUUUUGGAGCCGAGAAAGUCGGCUAUCAUUCGGUUUUCGAGCAUCUAUCCAUGGGACAGUGGCGUCAAUACACACACAACUUCAUCCUGUUAGGAACGAUCUCAGUCCUGACCAUCGUGGCUAUUGCAGUACUGGUGCUCGUGCUGGUGAAGCUCUACCUCCGUGUUGUCAAGGGGAACCAAUCACUUGGUAUAUCGCUUUUGGUUGGCAUCAUCAUCCUCUACAUCACUGCUUAA